UCCAAAAUCAAUUGAAGAACAAGUGGUAAAUCUCCAUCUCCUGCUUUCAAGCAACCCUAAGGCAUGAUUGGCCAGUAUGAAAAAUAAAAUAGUAGAAUAAGAUGGGUCUAGCAAGACAAUGUUAAUCUUUCUAUCUUGUUAGAAAAAACAAAGCCUUUUCACCCAAUAGUAGAGAGCAGCAGGAUUAAUGUGAGAAAGGAUAUCAAUAAAAUGUUCAGGAUAAUUCAUUAUGGCUUCAAAUUAUUAUAAAAACUUAAGUUAUUCCAAAGCAGAUAAGUAAUCAUCAUAGUGUUGGCAAGGCAAAUUUUAAUAUGAUUCUGCAAUCACCCAACCAGCCUUUCAGCUGUUUUUAUUGACUGAACUGCAGUUUCUAAACAUUCCUCAAAAGUGGCACCAAAUAGAACAGAUUCCAAUAAUCCAAUUUUUACAUAACCAGGGCACAUGUCAGCAUGGCUAGAUCUUAUUUCAGAUAUUGACACAUUCUGGACAAAAACUUUUAAAAAUGCCUGGAUGAAAAAGGGGUAAGUGUGGAUAGCUGAGCCAAAAGGAUGUCAAACCUCUCACUUCAAAGACUGGAUAACCUUAAGGGCUCCUAGGCAGAUUUUAAGAUCAGAGCACAUCUGAACUGUUUACGCGGAAGACUUCGCUCCAGCGUUUUUCAGAUACUCGGCUUUUCUCGUAAACCGAACAGCUUCUGAAGUUGCAAUUCAUGUUUACUGUUCCCGCACUCUGCUCUUUAAAUGCAUCACAUGAUAAAGAGAUCACAUGGUACCCGGCAAAGCGCGCCUUGAAAGUUGAGCUUGAGCAGAUUUUAACCAAAGACUGGAUCCAAACGUAUGCUGUAAAAAUAUGUUUGCAAUAUAUUUCACUACUACCAAAAGAGAUGCUCCCUCCAGCCAAGUCCUACCGCUCAUAACCAGACCGCUCGCCUGAGGAAAGAUGGAGGCCGGCUUUGAUGAAUACCGGCGACCCUCCCUCCCAGACAACUUUCGAAUUCUGUUGGCUAUUGUCAUAAAAUGUUAGCCAAUGGAUGAGCCCGCAUACCCCGAAGCCACACCCAGUGUGUGUUUUUUCUAAGCGGUCCGCCUUUGGACUGAAGGUGGCAGGCGCUGCCUCUCUUAAUUAUUGGCUGGAAGAGUCUGUCACUCCAAUGACGUGUAUAGCCGAUUCGACGAUUGGUUCCGCCCAGGCGCGAAAUGUAACGCGGGAAAAUCUAGGGCUCGGUAGCGGUGGUCGGGGUUACUGCUGCUGAUGGUGAGUAGCCGCGGUUGCUUCAGAAAGCCGGGCAGACACUGCACGGGGUUGGCCUCUGCACGAGUCUUCCUAUCAUGCACACCUGAGGCGUUUCUUUUCGGCCACCAAAGGAAAAGCUAAGAAAACCACCCGCGGGGUACAGGAGGUAACGGCAACCGCGGAUCGAGAAGCAAGAAUCUCGGACCGACGCGGCAUGUCUGAGCUGCCGGGCCCUCCGCCUGUUAUCUUGUGUUCGGGAAGCUCCCCGAAGCGCGUCUUGGUCUCGGUCAUCAAAACCACCCCAGUCAAGCCGCCACUCGCCAGCAGAGAGGAUCCCGCCCGCGUGCCCGUGCCGCCGCCACCCAUCCCUACCAGUCCGGGCUUCAGCGACUUCAUGGUCUACCCAUGGCGCUGGGGAGAAAAUGCGCACAACGUCACCCUCAGUCCUCCGCCCGCCGCAUCUCAGCCGCUCCACGAGGGAGGAGGCAACGGCGACGGACUCCGAAGUGCCGUUGAGCGCUCCACCGGAGAAGACGAAGAAGCGGGGAGCCCUGACAGCGGUACUGGGAGCAACGGGCACUUGAGGGAUGGGAUUAGAAGAGGUCGACCAAGAGCAGAGACAGUCCGAGAUCUAAUAAGUGAGGGAGAGCAUUCAUCUAGCAGGAUACGUUGUAAUGUGUGCAACAGAGUUUUCCCAAGAGAGAAGUCUUUGCAGGCACACAAAAGAACACAUACUGGUGAAAGACCUUAUUUGUGUGAUUACCCAGAGUGUGGGAAAGCUUUUGUUCAGAGUGGGCAACUUAAAACACAUCAGCGUCUCCAUACAGGAGAGAAGCCUUUUGUCUGUGCAGAAAAUGGAUGUAUAAGCAGAUUCACACAUGCAAACCGCCAUUGCCCCAAGCAUCCAUAUGCAAAAUUAAGACGAGAAGAACCUACAGAUAGACUGAACAAAAAGCAAACUGCAGACAACAAAGCUGUUGCUGAAUGGCUGACAAAGUAUUGGGAAAUGAGAGAACAACGCACUCCUAUAUUGAAAAAUAAAUCUAUUCAUAAGCCUGACCAGGAGCAACAAGAUCCCAUGGAAUAUCUUCAGUCUGAGGAUGAGGAAGAAGAGGAAAAAAAUACUGCUCAUUCAUCCCUUUGUAGCCGCCUUCAAGAACAGCGUGAACGCUUACAUGGGGCACUGGCACUCAUUGAGCUUGCCAACUUGGCUGGAGCCCCACUGCGACAGUAAUAGAAGACCUGGAGUGUGGAUUAACAAAAUGUACUGAAUUUUGUUAUUUAAACCAGUUAGCUUCUGGCAUAAGCUAAGCACCUUAUCGGCUUCCAUAGGCUGCUAUUAUGUAGAAUUUAUGAAGAAUGUUGUUACCCUAGAAAGUGGGGUAAAAGAAUUGCACUUUUUAUAUGGUAAAGCUUUUAAAGUAUUUUGUAAAUAGGAGAUUAUAUGAUGCAGUAUGUAACAUGAUCAUCUUACAGAAAGCUAGAUUUGCAAGGUUAGGGUGCUUUUAAUCACAGUUGCAUGGAAGUAAGUCACUACAACCAGUGAAAUUUGCUUCCAUAAAAACGGUGUUUAAAGUUGGGAUGCCAGUCAUUCUUUGUUUCAGUUCUCACAGGAAGCACUUUCUAAACCUGUAUGGAAAUAAUGGUACAUACAUUCAAAGAAAAUUAAUAGAUUUUUUAAAAAUUGGAUAUAAUCAGUGAUGUACCAUGCUGUUUUGAAGAUAUUUUAUCUAAUAUUACUGAUAUAUGCUAGAAUGUCUUAAUUUUACAGCAGAAUAGUUGAAUUUCAUUUAGAAUCCUCUCUGUGACUGCUGACAUGGAGGCUGACUUAGCUUUUAUGGAUAGAUACCUUAAAGGUCUUUUGGUUGAGCAGCACUUAGUGUUCCCAGUAUAUAUAUAUGGGAAUAUUUGCACAUUGUUGGACUCUUCUAUAAUCGAGUGAUUACUCUUGCAAAAUCUAGGCAUUGUAAUAACAUCAAGUAUGGGUUUGGGUCAGAGCUCUUAAACCCUGCAACAAUGGCAUUUGUGUUUUGUUCAUGGAGAUAUUUACAGGGUAGCGUUGGUUUUUAAAUAUAUUUUAGAAUUUCACUAGCAAACACUAAAAUGUUGCUUCAAAACAUUUUCCUGCAGAUAGGGUUUUUGUUUUUUGUUUUUUGCGUGAUGCCACCUUAUUUACCUAAAACUUAAAUGCCAAGUUUGUUUUCACUAAUUGUAGCUUUCAGCAGUAGUUACAAGUGUGAGAUGUUUAGGCUAUAUUCUUUCCCUAAGUGAAGAUGUAGUACAGCACUUAGUGCUUUUGAUCACUUAAAGGAAAACAAAAGUUCUAGUGGUAUACAUUAGAAAUAGUUUUAAGUAAUUUAUCAUAUGCCAGAUGUGUGCCUUGCUAACUGUGUAAACAAUGAGUACAAGUGCAUUAUAGAUUAACAUAAUCUGAUUUUAGGAAGAGUCAAGGCUUCUGGCAUAAGAACAUAAAAUCAGUGAUAUUUAUCAAAAUAUUUUUUUUCAAUGAUCCAAGCUAAUAUAUGGUUCAUUCCUAGUUCCAACUAGACUUUGAUAUCCUAUAAUUACUUAUUAAUAUUGGCAAAUGGCUAUAAAACCAGAAAGUUAGUGCAGUUUAUACAUUUGACAUAGUUUUAUUUGAGGGUUGUUAGGUUUUUCUGAAACCAUCACCCUUAAAACAAAGCACUUCAACUUUGACCUCUGAACUACAUUUAAAGUUAUAUUAAAGCAUUUAGAAAAUCAGUGUAAACUUUGAUGCUUUCUCUGAAUCUGAUUUAGCAAUAGAGAAAGACAUUUGCACUUCAUGGAAUCCAGUUGAAGCCAUUGUAGAAGUAAAUUUAUUAUUAUAUUGCCCAGCUAUGAAAGUAAGGCAUAGUUUGUUGAUACAAAGUUUCCCCCAAUUCAAUAUUUUCUUUACACUGAAUGCAUAUUGAAAAUAUGUACUUACUUAAAACACAUUCUGUCUAUCUAUAGGCAAAUUGAGCUGCUUUACCAAUUAUGUAUAAAAUACAUCUUUGGGCAAAAAAAACCCCCUCCAGAUAACCAUUUGUAAAAAGUUGGAUUUUAAAAAAUGGAAGUUCAAGAAUUCUCUACUAUGUAUGAUUAAGCUGUACUUCUGGCAUGAGUUAAAAUGCUGUAAUUCUAAUAAGCUUUGAAUAAAAUGUUGCCUGAAUUUUA